AUGUCGCAGAAAUCCGUCGAUAUCUUGCGUGUGCGGGACCUACCCGUCACCACGUUUACCAGAAAACGAAUCAUGGGGCUUGUGGUAGGCAUCACCACUCGUGAUAGGCCGACCAAGCCAAUUGUGGUGCAUAUGACGGACUUUUCUCGAAAUCCAUCUGUCGCGCAAUCUGAGAUGAACUAUGCUAACUGUGACCCGCCCUUGUUCGAUGCUCCUGAACAGGCUGACAGUAUCAUUGAUGUGGCAUUCUAUCCCGAGUCAGUGACUCAUCUAAAACGCAUCUUUGGUGACAAGGUGAAUGCCAGAUGGUUCGAUAACAGGACCGCUUCGUUUUAUCCGCUAUAUCAGCACGCGACCGUGAUCUCACUGCGGCUGAGGUCAAAGACGUGGGGCGACCAGAUUGAUCUGAUCGCUGACCCUGGUUUUUCUGACAACUGUUACAGUCAGAUCUGGCCCGUGAGUACUCUUGAAGCCAGAGACAAUCCUGCAGCAGAGACGAUAUACGACCCAAACGAGAACAACUAUGCUUUGGCACGGGAGGUCUUCCGCGACUGGCAGUUACAAUGCAGUACCUAUUUUAAGUCCAACCCCAAAAUUAAACAGGUUGUGGGUGACCUUUGCGAGUCAGUUACUAGUAUGACAUAUUCACCGCCACAGAAAUUGCACCGCCACACGUCACCAGAGCAGUACUCAGAUACUGGUUUUCUCAGCGACAUGGUAAGCUCUGACGACGAGGGGCCCCCAAAGAAAGAGUACAAAAGGGAAGUCCCUGUUAAGCAGAGCAGAUAUGUCAAGGACACGCCAAACGUGACUUUCCCAGUCUCGCAAAUUCCGCUAGCUGACUACACGGGAGCAUAUUUCAUUUAUGUGCAGAUAAUGCGGCUGGAGACACGCACGGCCGAUCUCAUCUACAAAAGCUUCCCCGAGAAUACGAUAAUGACAAAAGCAAUCGACGUGCUGGUGAAGGAGGUGGACUCGGCUGCAACGUUGCGAAUCAGAGUGGAAGGGUACGAUCUUUUCCGGUUUGCAGGCAUCACGUUUAGAUACCCGCUAUUAGACAUGACAGCGGCGGAAGCCGAAACCGCGAAAAAAUUGGCAGCCCUGGUCCAUAAGCCGCUGCGCAUGUUGGUGAAACCCUACGCAUUGCCCCUGGAGGCAGCAACGGUGAACACUGGGCGAUGCUACAGAUGGCUGUAUACAGAGUAUCCGUAA